AAGUGGAGUGGAGUUGUCACGGGGAGUUGUAAACAUUACCAAACAUUUCGUAAAGUUGGCCUAUUAUUUAAUUAUAUUAAUGUUGAUUUAAUUUAUUUAUCUAUUGUGCACUCAAGUCAGCUAAUUACUGUACAACAUUGCCUCAAACAUGUGGAGAAGGAACAUAAUUCACCUGAAGACAUUUGGUGCUUCUGUGUGCAAACGGACAGUAAUCAAUGCGAGAAGUCUUACUACACAACCUUUAGCACCGCAAUGCAUAGGUCAACAGCCGCUAAACAUUGGGGCCUCAAGCGCUCGUCACUACAGUCAUAAAAGUGCACCACUUCCAGAGCCAUUCAGCAUUGAAGACAGUUCCACCGAAAAUGUUAACUCGUUUACUUAUAGGACUCACACUUGUGGGAAACUAAGAGCUUCUAAUACAGGUGAAAAAGUAUCUUUGUGUGGUUGGGUACAAUAUUUACGUCUAUCAAAGUUUCUUCUACUAAGAGACGCCUAUGGAAUCGUACAGUGUACUGUUGGCCCUGUCAGUAUAGACUUUUCUAACAUACCUCUGGAGUCUGUAGUUAAAAUACAUGGUGAAGUAACUAGAAGACCACAAAAUGCAGUCAAUUCUGAAAUGCCCACUGGUGAAAUUGAGGUUAUAAUUGAUAGGUUAGAAGUUUUAAAUAUGGCUGAGAACCUUCCAUUUAAUUUAAGAGAAUAUCAGAAGCCUAAAGAGCAGAUAAGAAUGCAACACCGCUAUAUUGACUUAAGAUUUCCAGAAAUGCAAAGUAUUUUAAGAUUGAGAUCACAAAUGCUGCACAAUAUGAGGAAAUUUCUUGUUGAACAACAUGGAUUUGUUGAAGUGGAGACCCCUACACUGUUCUGCCAGACUCCCGGAGGCGCAAGGGAGUUUGUGGUUCCGACACAUCAUGCAGGACUGUUUUAUUCUUUAGUACAAAGUCCACAACAGUUUAAGCAAAUGUUGAUGUCUGGAGGCAUAGACCGGUACUUCCAGGUAGCCAGGUGCUACAGGGAUGAAACAACUCGGCCAGACAGACAGCCAGAGUUCACUCAAUUAGAUAUAGAAAUGUCCUUUACCAAUCUACAUGGAGUUUUAUCUAUGAUUGAAUCACUGAUUGUUGACACAUUUCCAAAUCUUUUACAAAAGCCGCCUUUUAGGAGAAUAACAUACAAAUAUGCAUUGGAAAACUAUGGCACUGACAAACCUAAUGUUCAGUAUGAUUUAAAAUUAAAAAACAUAAAAGAAUUAUUUCCGGAAAAAGCUAAUGAUUCAGAUUUUUCUGCCUAUGCUUUACCCUACCCUGCAGCAUUAGGAAAAGUCACAACAAAGACUAAAGAGCAGAUAAGGCAAAUAGCUAAGAAAUAUAAUGUUAAGGUUGUAUUGGACCAUGAUAUUCAUAAAGCAUUUACGAAAGACCUUGAAGUAAAACUUAAAAAUAUUACUGGCAAUGAAAAUUCAUCCAUCAUUUCAAUAGGAGAUCUUGAAAAUGCUUGCAAUUGUUUAGGAGAAAUUCGAUUAAUAAUUGCUUCUUUACUGGAAUCUAAAAAUCUACUAAAACUUAAGGAGACAACUGAGAUUUUAUGGGUAGUGGAUUUCCCAUUAUUUACUAAAGGAAACAAUGGUUUAGAAACAUGUCACCACCCCUUCACCUCGCCACAUCCCGAGGACAUGCAUCUUCUGGACUCUGACCCACUGAGUGUUAGAUCCUUGGCAUAUGACUUAGUCAUGAACGGAAAUGAAAUUGGAGGGGGUUCAGUGAGAGUCCACAAUGUCAGAUUACAAGAGAAAUUGUUAAAGAUGUUGAGAAUGGAUGCUGCGAAAUUGAGACAUUUCUUAAACGCUUUACAAAGCGGGUGCCCGCCACACGCCGGGAUAGCUCUAGGCAUAGACAGGCUUGUGUCUAUGGUAUGUAACACAGAGUCCAUUCGUGAUGUUAUAGCCUUCCCUAAGACUCAUGAAGGAAAGGACCCGUUGUCAGGUGCACCUAAUGCCAUUUCUGAUGAGGACAAGGAAUACUAUCAUAUAGUUAGUAAAUAACAAAUUUAAAUAUUUAUUCAUGUUAGAAUUUAACAAAUAUAAGUAUUUAUUAUUGA